CAACAGCACAAUUUUCGCUGUGUUUUUGUUCAACCCGGCCAGUCAGCCAGACAACCAACCAACCGACCGAUCGACCGAUUCCAUCAUAGUAUAUAUAUCAGUAGCUAAAAUCUAUGUUUCGGUGUAUCUGUGUCCAUGCAACGAGCAUACCAAAGUGAUUGGAAUAAUCCGAAUUGUUUACGAACGCUAUGCACCAACACACAUUUAUCACUAGAUUGUUUCGAAGCAUGCCAUAGCCAAGCCAGACUGAUCACUGUCGUUGUUCAGUCGUUUCGUGCACCUCAUUCGCUUAACAACGUACCCAUACGAUUCUGCUGUUGUGUGUUUCGUGAUCAAUUGUGCGGAUUUGUAGUUUAUUUUUCUUCAUCGUCGUGUUACUUCAAAUUCAAAACGAUCAGUAGCCUGAAAGAGUGUGUCGUUAAACGAAAGCGCAAAAUUGUGUGCGCGCGCAAACACACACCAUAUAUAAAACAAAUGUACAUUUAUUUCAUUGAGUUCGAUCAAUUCAUUAAAUUGAAUUUACUGUGACUAUCGUAUCUGCGAGUUUUUUUUUCAAGGAAGAAAACAUCUUUAUUUGCAUUGUUAAAUUUCACACUGAAACAUCUCGAUUUAAAAUUAACUAGUUUAAAUUCAAACAGAUUAUAUGCUCUCGAUUUUUCUACUGACGACAGAUAGAGAAAAAAACGAAGCAGAAAAUAACGACGUUUUAACUUUUUAAAUCAUACACACACUGAACCUGAAUUUAGUGCAGUGACUUCGAUCCCUUUUUCGACACAAUAAACAACUUGGAAAAUCGCAGCAUUUUUUUUUUUGGUUCCAAAAUAUCAAUAUGGAAAUGUGGUGGCCGACGUAAAAUUUUGAACGUUCUCGUCGAAUCAAAUAAAAUAAAAUUGGAUAACAAAACGAAAAAUUGUGUUAAUUUUGGUGUAUUCAAACGAAAUUCACAGUGUGUAACGGACCUCGAGAGAGAAAAUUCGAAAUAAAAAAAGCAGUUGUGCUUUUCAUUUGGAUUUUUAUUCAUUUUUGAUAGAGGGCUGAAGUAAGCGCGAGAGAUAAAAGAAGAUGGCUUGGGGAGUGUCAUGUGUUGAUACAACACUAAAUAGAUCAUUUUAUAAAUUAGGCAAAGUGAUUGGCCGAAAUCCAGGUUAUUUUAUAAUAGUUCCAGUAUUAUUAACAAUUAUAUUUAUCACAGGUUAUCAACAGCUUAAGUAUCAAAUAGAUCCAGAGUAUUUAUUUUCGCCGCAAAAUGGAGCCGGAAAGCACGAGCGAGCGAUUGUUGAGGAAUUUUUCAGAGUAAACUAUACGUCGAGCUUUAGUGUGGAGCGAAUCACAAGAGCCGGUCGAUUUGGACGGGUUAUUAUCACAACAAAGGAUGGUGAUCGGAACUUGAUAAGACGUGAAGUGUUUGAAGAGCUUCGUGUUUUGGACAGUUUAAUUCACAAUGCAACGGCUAUGUACGAUGGUGAAUCAUAUCGAUAUAACGAUAUCUGUGCACGAUCGCUGGGCGAAUGCUUUGAGAAUGAUAUCCUCAAUCUAGACGAAAUGAUGGACGAUAUUGAAUCGGGCGAACUAAAACUUCACUUCCCGAUUAUGGUCAAUUAUAAGACUUUUGAUACACACGUAUUUCCAGUCUUUUUCGGCGGUACCGAAUUGACAGCCGAUCGAACGAUAGCCAGUGUACCAGCGAUGCAAAUGGUUUACUUUGUUGCUGUUGACACACCACGCCAACUUGAAAAAGGUGGCAUAUGGGAAGAUGAAUUUUUGAGUGUCGUUGGACAUGCUGAGAAUAGUGGUAUGUUCAAGCAUAUUCGUAUAGCCAGAUUUGCGUCGCGCACAUUGGAUCAUGAACUGGAGAGGAACACUCGAACUGUUGUGCCAUAUUUCUCAUCAACAUUCCUUUUAAUGGGUUCUUUUAGUGUAAUUACAUGUAUGAUGGGUGAUGUUGUACGUUCGAAACCAUGGCUUGGUUUUCUCGGAAAUUUAUCUGCCAUUAUGGCAACAUUAGCGGCAUUCGGUUUCUGUAUGUACCUUGGAAUUGAAUUUAUUGGCUUGAAUCUGGCAGCUCCAUUCCUGAUGAUCGGAAUCGGUAUCGACGAUACGUUUGUGAUGUUGGCCGCUUGGCGUCGAACGUCUGUCAAAUUAAGUGUACCAGAGCGUAUGGGUAUUACGAUGUCCGAUGCGGCCGUUUCAAUCACAAUCACAUCAUUGACGGACAUCAUUUCGUUCUGGAUUGGUAUCAUGAGUCCAUUCCCAUCGGUGCAAAUCUUCUGUAAAUACAGUGGCAUGGCCGUUUGCUUUAUCUUCGUAUGGCACAUAACAUUCUUUGCCGCAUGCAUGGCAAUCUCGGGCUAUUGCGAACAGAAAAAUCUCCAUUCGAUUUUCGGCUACAAAGUAAAACCCGUUUCAGUCGCCAUCAAAGAAAAUCGUUCAUGGUUCUAUCGAACAUUCAACACGGGUGGCAUCAAUCCAAAUGAUCCCGACAAUCCAUUGGACAACAAAGAUCACGCUGGAAUGGCAUUUUUCAAGGACGUUGUCGCUAGCAUUGUUAACAAUGGUUACAUGAAAGUGGUCAUUCUGCUGGUAUUCGCCGCAUAUCUGUUGGGCGCUGGUUAUGGCAUCACACAGAUCAAAGAGGGUCUUGAACGACGAAAACUAUCUAAAGAAGAUUCAUAUUCGGUGAAAUUUUUCGACCUUGAAGAUGAAUUCUAUCGUGAGUUCCCAUAUCGUAUGCAAGUCAUUGUCAUCGGCGAUCUCAACUAUGCAGACUUGAAAAUUCAAGAGCAAUAUGAGAAACUAGCAAACGAAUUAGAGAGUACAUCUUAUGUUUCGGGAUCUGCGUAUUCGUUCAAUUGGUUGCGCGAAUUUUUGAAAAUUGCCAAAGAAACGGAAAUGAAUAUCACCACAGAGCAGCAAUUUAUUCAUGAAGUCAGAGAGUGGCUGUUCCCAGAAAAUGAUUACUAUCCCGAUGUGAAGUUCAACGAGAACAAAACAAAGAUCAUUGCAUCUCGGUUCUUAAUUCAAGCGCUCAACAUCACCGAUACAAACCAUGAAAAAGUGAUGGUUAAAGAUUUGCGACAAAUUUGUAAUAAUUCGCCAUUGAAUGCAUCAAUUUUCCAUCCGUAUUUCGUGUUUUUCGAUCAGUAUGAAUUGGUGCGCCCGACGUCGGUGCAAAGUAUGAUUGUGGGUGCCGUGAUUAUGAUGUUGAUAUCGUUCAUUUUCAUUCCGAAUAUCCUGUGCUCGUUAUGGGUUGCAUUCAGUAUUGUGUCAAUUGAAAUGGGUGUUGCUGGCUAUAUGGCCCUCUGGGACGUAAAUUUGGACUCAAUUUCGAUGAUCAAUUUGAUUAUGUGCAUCGGAUUCUCAAUCGAUUUCACGGCACACAUCUGCUACACAUACAUGGCAUCCAAGUCGAACAAUUCGGACGAGCGAGUUCGUGAAGCACUUUAUUCGUUGGGUAUGCCGAUCUUCCAAGGAUCGGUGAGCACAAUAUUGGGCUGUAUUGCUUUGUUGCUGGCCGAUAGCUACAUAUUUUUGGUGUUCUUCAAAAUGAUCUUCUUGGUCAUUACAUUUGGUGCAUUGCAUGGUCUCUUCUUGUUGCCGGUGCUGUUAUCACUCUUCGGCCCCGUUUCAUGCAGUAAAGAUCCAACGAAUGAACGUCAACUGGACAAUUUGAGUGGUGAUAUGGGUCGAGGUCGUUUGUCUUCGAUUGAAAAGGCAUUUCCACAUCCAUACUGCAUUCCACAUCCACAACUCGGCCUAUCAGGCAUCUUUAACAGCAAAUCAUACUUAAACUCGCCAUUCAAAACAUACGGUAUCGAUGAAAAAGAUCAGGGUAUCGGUACAUCAGGUGAAGACUCUAGCGAAAGCAGUAGCAACAAAUCACAACAACGUCAAGCAAUCGAAGACGAAAACACCCGUCGACGUUACGAAGAAGGCUGGCGUCGAACAUCAUCACAAAUGAAUGGCCCAAGUCAAUUCCAGCCCGUACUUGAUGUUUAUACGCGUGGCAAUGAUCACGCAUGGAGCGGUGCUCGUAACUACAGUUACGAUGAUUCGAAUGUUAUGCCAAAGCAACGAUCGAGCAACGAUCGUGAAACAGAACUAAGGCGUUCAGCCAGAAAUCUAGCAAAUGACGAACCACCAUACGAUGGUCACAUGCAAUACGAUUCACAUCGCUACUAUGUGGAUGAACGUCGACGUUCCUUAUUUGAACCAAAUAAACGAAAAACUAGCGACGAACACACACCACGACGAAAGUACACACCACCCGAAGGUGGUAUCUAUCGACCAAAUCCAAACCGUUACUCAUCACAACAUAACCUAUAUUACAAUCGCUCAACACCUCAACGCUCGGUCUCGAAUCAUAGCAUCCACGAACUUCGUCACACGGGUGACAUUCGAUUCCCCUAACGAUUGCUUUGAAACGGAAGCAAACCAUAGAUAGUGAAGCAAAUGAAUUGCCAUUUUCGUCAUAUACUAUUUUGAUUGAUUUUAAAAGAUGAUUUUUUUGGCUAGCCUUCAGAAAUUUAGAGUCUAUUGCUUUUUUUAGUAAAAUAUGCGUUUUGUAAUUUUUUUUCCUGGUACUCAAAAGAAGAAAAGGAAGAAGAAGAAAAAUGGUUUUUAUUUUCGGAAGUGAUUAUCAUUAGAGUAGAUUAGAUUUUUAUUACCACCUAGAAAGAUACAUUGUCGUGAUAAUGUGUUCAAGCUGUUUAAUAUAUUCGUAUGAGAUCGACAUCGAUUUCAAGCGAAUUUUCAAUCAAUUUUGAAUGAAAACUAUCAACAUUCUUACAUUUUCUUUUUGUUUCAUCUCAACAUUUAUCAAUUGAAUGAAUGAAUGCUCAAUCAUUAUAUACUCUUAAUUUUUGGGCGAAAACGUUACCGAUUCUAACGCAAAUUCGGAAAAUUCAAUACACAAGCAAAGAUGUAAAGAAAAAUUAAAACAACGAAAA